AUGGCAAUAGAAAACAUCAAUAACAAUGAACCAGAAAUGACUGAACCAACAACAUCAACGAUAAAUUUUGACGAAAACAUACAAUUAUCGCAUAAACAACCAGAUACUAACAGUGAUAAUUCAAAAAUAUCAACAAUAACUUUUGACGAAAGCAUACAAUUAUCACAUCAACAACCGGAUACUAACAGUGAUAAUUCAACAACGACAGUUAUAACCAUUUCACUCGAUAAUACCACCCAACCUGAACCUGAACCUGAUAAUUUAGCCUCACCGCCGCCGCUAUCUCAAGAUGGAGUAAUUCAAACGCUAAAUGAGGUUCGCCAGGCCAGUAAGACGUAUGUUUGGACAAACGUUUUAUAUCGAUGGCCGCUUGUUUUUGCUUAUCUUGCGGUCAUAGGAUUAGGUGUAGCUCUUUGGAAGACAUCGACAAAGUUCAACCAUUAA